AGUGCCACUUUUUUUUGCGCGAUUUAACCACAACUACCGCGCAACUUUUCGUAGCAUUGGUUUCAAGGUCGAUUUCCCGGUUUAUAUAAAUGCUGUCGAUUUACUCUUUGACGGGCGUCAAUACUACGAAGGCUUUAUUGAAACAGUUUUGUCGGUCGUUUCACGCAAGCAGCAUAAUGGGUCUGAAGGUUGGCGACAAAUUGCCAUCGGUUGAAUUGUAUGAGAACAACCCUACGAAUAAAGUUAAUCUUGAAAAACUUCUCAGUGACAAAAAGGCUGUUUUAUUCGCUGUACCUGGUGCUUUUACUCCUGGUUGUUCAAAGACACACCUUCCAGGAUACGUGGAAAAGGCAGACGAGUUAAAGAAGAAGGGAAUUGAUGAAAUUAUAUGUGUAUCCGUGAAUGAUCCAUUUGUCAUGGAUGCCUGGGGCAAAGAGCACAAGGCGACUGGAAAGGUCCGGAUGCUGGCUGAUCCUGAUGCAUCAUUCACAAAAGCAUUGGCACUGGAUACAAAUUUACCACCUUUGGGGGGCACCCGUUCGAAGCGGUAUUCAAUGGUAAUUGAAAAUGGUGUGGUGAAAUCAUUAAAUGUUGAGCCUGAUGGUACUGGGCUUUCCUGUUCUUUGGCUGACAAACUUCCUUUGUAGGAACUAAAACUGCGGUCUCGAAACUAUUCCACUGCUUUAACGUUACCAUUUCACAAUUACUUUAUUUAGAUGUUUCCUAAUAUUCUGUAUGUUUAAUUUGUAUGCACCAUUCUGAAAUUGUUGAUGGUUAACAAUAAAGGUAAUAAGUAACCUG